AAUAUAUUAAUACUCGGCAUAGUGCGAGAGAAAAUUUGAUUAUUUGGGGACCCUUUUUGUUUUGCCUUGCAUUUCCUUUGUGCUUCAGUCGUCCGAAUCCUAUUCUGCAUGCAGCCCUUCGUUUUCCUCCUCCUGUAGGACAAAACCAUGGAGGAAGACAAUCCACCAACGCACACCAAGAUUUCCCGAUCCCCUUCUCCUCGUCGGCAAGUCGCGGCGUCCUUAUUGGAAGGUAGGACGGGGACUCACUCCGGCGGCAGUGCUGUUCUCACCCUAGAUUCGGACUCCGCCUCCACCGGUACUGGGGACUUCGAUUCUUUGCCGGGCAGCAAGGAUCGAGUUUAUGACUCUUCCGCUGUGUCCACUGGAGAAAUAGAAGCUGUCGACUCAGAUCUCAGUCACUCGAGUUCGUCGCCUAGCGGCGAUGUGUCGGCAUCAAAAUCUACGGAACCCUUUAUUUCUCCCAUUUCUUCUCUGGUAGAUGACGAGCCGGUUCAUCUGACCUUUCACUCCAUUGUUUCCGAUGACAAAGGUCGCUCUCUCAGCGAGCUAGAGUUAGGGUUGGAUAACGCUGAUUUAAUACCAGAGCUGGAAUCAUCCGCAGGAGUCACUGUAAUGUCCUCGAGCCUAUCUCCGUCUCAGUCACCGGAACUUCUGCCAUCGCACACGCUUGUCUCUUGUGAUGAACGGAACCAUUUUUCCGAUCCGGGCGAUCAUCCCAUUGCUUCCUCUUCCUCCGAGUUGACUCUGGAUGUGUCGGGCUCGGAAUCCUUCCCCCCCAGGGCUCCACCUAUUGCAACGCCGACUGCCCACCCUAGCCCACGUCAAUUCGAUCAUAUUUUUUCCCUAGUCAGCAAGGAAUCGCGCGGUUCUCCUCUUGGAUCUCCGAGAAGAGCUUUGACACAGCCUUUGAUGCCCGAAGUACCCCCGAAGCUCGCGCGUCUGCUUGACUUAGCGAUCAGCGGCGAUACUGUCUGCCUGGAGGAUCUUAAGGGUAUUGUUUCGAAGGAAAGGGGUGACUCGAGAUCGGUUGUUGACGCGCUUCUUGCGACGAUGGGCGGUGUCGACGGUUUCGAUGAGAGCAGUGGUAGAAAUUCUGGUGAUCCUCCUAGCAUAAUGCUCAGUUCCCAAGCAGCCAUCGUCGCUGCAAAACUCAUCCCCUGGCUUCCUUCUGAAGGGGAUUCGAGGACCUCUGAAUCUCCAAGAUCUAGAAUGAUUAGGGGGUUGCUUGCCAUCUUGGAUGCAUGCACUCGAAACCGUGCAAUGUGCUCCAGCUGUGGCCUGCUCUCAGCUCUCCUAGAGUCUGUAGAGCGGGUUUUUGAGUUUGAUAAUUUUUCUUGGGGUGGUGCGUCAUUAUGCCAAUGCAUUCAAUUAAUAGCAGGACAUUCUGUUACUGUUGCUGAUCUGAAUCGAUGGCUUGGUUUGGUUAAGAAAACUCUUAACACUGAGUGGGCGGCUCGGUUGAUGCUUACAUUAGAGAAUGCCAUGCUUAGUGAAGAAAUGAGAGGUCCAGCAUGUUCAUUUGAAUUUGAUGGUGAGAGCUCUGGUUUGCUUGGGCCUGGAGAGAGCCGGUGGCCUUUCUGCAAUGGGUUCGCAUUUGCUACUUGGAUUUAUAUCGAGUCAUUUGCUGAUACCUUGAACACUGCAGCAGCUGCUGCUGCCAUCGCUGCUGCUGCUGCUGCAAAGUCUGGCAAGUCUUCUGCCAUGUCUGCAGCGGCUGCAGCAACUGCUCUUGCUGGUGAAGGGACAACCCAUAUGCCUAGACUAUUUAGUUUCAUUUCAUCAGAUAACCUUGGUUUUGAGGCUUACUUCCACGGCCAAUUCUUGGUGGUGGAGAGUGGUGGUGGGAGGGGAAGGAAGGCUUCUUUACAUUUCACGCAUGCUUUUAAGCCCAGGUGCUGGUAUUUUAUUGGCCUGGAGCACAGUAGCAAGCAGGGCUUGAUGGGUAAAUCAGAAAGUGAAUUGAGACUGUAUGUGGAUGGCCACAUGUAUGAGAGCCGCCCAUUUGAACUCACAAGAAUAUCAAAAUCUCUGGCUUUUUCAUGCAUUGGGACAAAUCCACCUCCCACAAUGGCUGGUUUGCAGCAACGACGGCGGCAAUGUCCUUUAUUUGCGGAGGUUGGCCCAAUUUAUAUAUUCAAAGAACCCAUCGGGCCAGAUAUAAUGCUUCGAUUGGCUUCUAGGGGAGGAAAUGCUUUGCCUUGUUUUGGAAAUGGUGUAGGAUCACAUUGGAUGGAAACGAAUGCGUCUGUGAGAAAUCUGGCUGAAGAGAGCUUGACGCUUGAUGUUGCUAUGGAAGGAAGCUUGCAUCUUCUCUACCAUCCCAGUUUACUCAGUGGUCGGUUCUGCCCAGAUGCUUCACCUACUGGUGCAGCAGGUAUACACCGAAGACCUGCUGAAGUUCUCGGUCAAGUUCAUGUUGCAACUCGAGUUCGCAUAUAUGAAUCUUUAUGGGCUCUUGCUUAUGGUGGUCCAAUGGCUUUACUUCCACUGACCAUAAGCCAUGUGAAGAUGGAUAGCCUUGAUCCCAUCCUUGGUGACUUUUCUUUAUCUCUUGGGUGUGCUUCAAUUUCAGGCUCCAUACUAAGAAUUAUCACCAUUGCCAUCCAACAUACUGGAAACAGGGAGGAAAUAUGUCGUAGUUGGGCGCCAGAGAUCUUGUUGAGAAUUCUCUAUCAUCUACUGCAAUCUAUUUCUGUUUUGGAACUUAGGAAGCAAAAUGUGCUUUAUGAUGAAGAACUCCUUGCUGCUGUUAUAUGUCUCUGUCAGGCUGACAAAAAUAAUCAUUCGCUAAAGGUGCAACUUUUUAGUACUCUCCUCUUGGAUUUGAAACCAUGGAGCUUGUGCAAAUAUGGCUUACAAAAAAAGCUUCUAUCAUCACUUGCAGACAUGGUGUUUAUUGAGUCUUUAGCAAUGCGUGAUGCCAAUGCCCUACAACUUCUUCUUGAUGGAUGCAGACGAUGCUACUGGGUGGUCCCUGAAGUGGAAAUGUUUGACUCAUUUCCUAAUAAUCUAGAAACUAGGCAUGCCGGCGAAGUUAAUCUACUAGUAGAUGAGCUUAUGGUAGUCAUUGAACUUUUGAUUGGGGCUGCACCAUCCUCAAUGGCUACUGCUGAUAUGAGAUGUUUAAUCAGCUUUCUAAUUGAAUGUCCACAAUCAAAUCAGGUUGUAAGAGUGUUGCAUCUUAUAUAUAGAUUGGUUGUGCAGCCAAACUCUGCUAGGGCGGAUGCAUAUGCCCAAUCAUUUAUUUCUUGUGGAGGUAUAGAUGCCUUUAUUUUUCUUCUACAGAGAGAAACAAAGAUUAAAGAUGAUGAUAAACUUCCAGAUAAAUCAAGCUUUCAAAACGCUGAUAAGGCCUCUGUCCAAUCUGCUUUUGAGAAAGGUGGAGGCGAAGAGAGCCUUGAAAAACCAGUGAUUGAUUAUGAUAAACUUGAUUCAUUGAAGCAGAAGGAAACGGACUUGCAUGAAAAGCACAUUCAUCGUGGUUUGAAUAGUUACGGCAAUGAUAUUAAGUGUCCCCUUGAAACAAAUAUAGAAGGCUCAAGGACAUCUGAGAGUCAGAUAUCUAACGCAAUACGCAGCAAUAUUUUGUCAGUAACUUCUGAAAGUGUUUUUAUAUUUAAUUCACAUAACAUUGACAAUGGGGAUGGUAUUGUUGUUGGAAUAAUCAAGCUUUUGGGUGCCAUUAUCUCAUCUGGUUAUUUGAAAAUUGAACAGAGUCAUAUCCUUUCAAAUUUACCCGACAAAACACAAAGUAGUGGAUUAGGCAGUGUAAUAUCUGGUGACAUGAUCUCUCUUUUAUUAUUUGCGUUUCAUAAGGCUUUUCAAGCAGCACCAUUCAGGCUUAUGACGAACAAUACCUACGUGGCCUUGCUAUCUGCCGUGAUGAAUGUUCCUUCAUCUGAUGUCGGCCUGAAAAUUUAUGACUCUGGUCACCGCAUUGAACAUGUGCAACUUUUGUUGGUGCUUCUCCGUUCACUUCCAUAUGCAUCUAGGGCAUUCCAAGUUCGAGCUUUGCAGGAUCUUCUCUUUCUGGCUUGCAGUAAUCCAGAAAAUAGAAAUUGUCUGACUUCCAUGGAAGAAUGGCCAGAGUGGAUUUUAGAUGUUCAAAUAUCUAUCUAUGAGGUAGGAUCACUAAAAGAUUCAGAUGAUGCAUGCAUCAGUGAGAUUGAAGAUCUCAUCCACAACUUCCUUAUCAUCAUGCUAGAGCACUCGUUGCGAAGAAAAAAUGGAUGGAUGGAUGUAGAAGCUGUGAUUCACUGUGCAGAAUGGCUGGCGAUGGUUGGUGGAUCAAGUGCUGGGGACCAAAGAAUCAGGCGUGAAGAAUCACUGCCUAUUUUCAAGAGAAGACUGUUAGGUGGCUUGUUAGAUUUUUCUGUGCGGGAGCUCCAGGUUCAGACUCAAGUUAUUGCUGCAGCAGCUGCUGGUGUUGCUGCAGAGGGAUUGCCACCAGAAAAGGCCAAAGAAGAAGCAGAGAAGGUUGCUCAUCCUUCUGUUUUCUUGGCUGAGAAUGCAAUUGUGAUUUUAAUGAUUGUGGAAGAUCAUUUACGUUCACAAGCACAGGCUUUCUGUUCUUCUACAUCUGUUGUUACACACUCAAACUCUGCAGGAGCAACAUCUGGAGCAUCACUUGAAACUGCUGGGUCUAGAAUUGCAUUAUCACGCAAUAAUAAUGCAGGGCUUUCCCUGGAUCUUCUUGCUUCCAUGGCUGAUGAAAAUGGGCAAAUUUCUGCUGCUGUUAUGGAGCGCCUCACUGCAGCAGCAGCAGCGGAGCCUUAUGAUUCUGUCCGUUGUGCUUUUGUAUCAUAUGGAAGUUGUUCUUUGGAUCUAGAAGAGGGUUGGAAAUAUAGGAGUAGACUGUGGUACGGUGUUGGUCUUCCCUCCAAAACAGCAACUUUUGGUGGUGGGGGCAGUGGGUGGUCAUCAUGGAAAUCAACUUUGGAAAUGGAUUCAAAUGGAAAAUGGAUUGACCUUCCCCUAGUUCAGAAAUCAGUUGCCAUGCUUCAGGCUCUUUUAUUAGAUGAAUCUGGGCUUGGUGGUAUUAUUGGAAUUGGAGGUGGGUUAGGGACAGGAAUGGGAGGAAUGGCAGCACUUUACCAGUUGUUGGAUAGCGAUCAGCCCUUUCUUUGCAUGUUGCGUAUUGUCCUUGCUUCAUUGAGAGAGAAUCACUGUGGAAAGGAUGACUUGGCUGGAGUUACAAAUGGUGAAUCUCAUGGUACAAUGGAAAGGAGAAACAAAAAUUCCUUGCAAUCAAGGAAACCUUGUUCAAUGUUGCUAUGGAGUGUUCUCGCACCUAUUCUUAACAUGCCGAUUGCUGAAUCCAAGCGUCAAAGAGUGUUGGUAGCAUCUUGUAUUCUAUUUUCUGAGGUGUGGCAUGCUGUUAGCAAGGACAGAGUAAUUCUACGUAAACAAUAUUUAGAGGCAAUUAUACCACCAUUCAUAGCCAUCCUAAGACGAUGGCGGCCUCUUUUGGCUGGAAUUCAUGAAUUUACAUCCCCAGAUGGUCUAAAUCCUCUCUUUGUUGAUGACCAUGCUUUGGCAUCCGAUGCAAUGCCUAUUCAGGCUACUCUCUACAUGACAUCCCCUCGGUGGGCUGCUGCUUUUGCAUCACCUCCGGCUGCAAUGGCGCUAGCAAUGGUAGCUGCUGGUGUUGGUGGUGAUGCCACAAGACCUGUUAAAUGUUCGUCGCUUAAGCAUGGCCCAUCAUUUUCUGAGCUGAAACCGGUCAGUCUAACUGCACUUUUAAGUCUUCCAAAACCUCCUGAUAUGCCGAACAAUUCGCUUCCUGCCCCAAAAGAUGCAGCUGCUGUGAGGGCUACUUCUAUCGCUGCUGCUGCACGAGACCGUGAACGCUUGGCUAGGAUUGGUUCUGGUAAAGGUCUUAGUGCCGUAGCAAUGACAACAGCAAUGCAAAGGAGGAAUGAAUCUGAUCUUGAGCGUGCUAAGAGGUGGAAUACUACAGAGGCCAUGGGAAGUGCAUGGACUCACUGCAUUCAGUCAGUUGACUUGAAGCCAAUAUUACGAAAAGAAUAUUCUACAUUACAGAAUAAGUACUCUAGUAUAUUAGUAGAGAGUUUAGCUUUAGUACGGAACAUGCAGCAUAUGGAGAUUAGUAGGCGUUCCCAACUUCAUGCUUUAGAACAACUACGCAGGUUCAUUGGGAGUCGAGCAUGGAGGAAAUUUAUUCACUGCCUUACUGAAAUGGACAGACUUUUUGGUCCGUUCAGUGACAGCUUGUAUAGUCAGCGAGUCUUUUGGAAACUAGACUUUAUGGAAGGCUCUUCAAGGAUGCGGAGGUGUUUCAAAAUUGACUACCAUGGCUCUGAACAUUUGGGUGCAGCUGCAGAUUAUGAAGAUCACGUCUCACAGCCAAAAUCUGAUGGAACUUUUAUUGCAUGCAGCAAGAAUAGCAGAGAAGCUUCCUUUACUGCUGAUCUUCCUUCUACAGCUUCCAUUCUGGUUGCUGAGGCAAUUUAUAUGGAUGAAGGAAAUGAAAGUGAGGAACAAAUAGAAAAUGGUAUACUUGACAGUAUGACACAGACUCAGCCCAUGAUUACUGAAACUGUAGAAGUUUCUUCAGAUGAAAGAAAUGCCAAAAUCUCUGCUGCUUCGCUUGAUCUAGUUCAGUCAAUGCCAAUGAAUGCCUCUGGACAUGUGCCAAAGGACUACGAUGAAAAACUUAUUCUUGAACUAACUUCAUUGUUGGUGCGGCCAUUGAAGGUUGUGAGAGGAACCUUUCAAAUUACUACAAAAAGAAUUAAUUUUCUAAUUCAUAAGCAUGGCAAUGGAAGUUCUAUGCUGGACCCUAUGGCCCCCAAUUAUCAAAAUGAGAAAGAUCGUAGCUGGUUAAUCUCUUCACUUCAUCAGAUGUUCAGUAGAAGGUAUCUGCUUAGGAGGAGUGCUUUAGAAUUGUUUCUUUUUGAUCGGACAAACUUUUUCUUUGAUUUUGGGUCCACUGAAGCUCGUAAGGAUGCCUAUCGUGCUAUUGUUCAAGCAAAACCUCCUCAUUUGAACAACAUUUACUUGGCAACACAGAGACCUGACCAACUAUUUAAGCGGAGCCAGCUGAUGGAGAGAUGGGCUAGGUGGGAGAUUAGUAAUUUUGAAUAUCUUAUGGAGCUGAACACAAUGGCUGGACGCAGUUACAAUGACAUCACACAGUACCCGGUUUUUCCAUGGAUUUUAGCUGAUUACUCUUCUAAGACGUUGGAUCUUAAUGAUCCUACCUUGUAUCGAGAUCUCUCAAAGCCUAUUGGUGCAUUGAAUCCUGAAAGGUUGAAAAAGUUCCAAGAGAGGUACUCUGGCUUUGAUGAUCCUGUUAUACCCAAGUUCCACUAUGGUUCCCAUUAUUCUACGGCAGGAACAGUAUUAUAUUAUCUUAUUCGAGUGGAACCUUUCACUACUCUUUCUAUUCAACUACAAGGCGGAAACUUUGAUCAUGCUGACCGUAUGUUCUACGAUGUUGGGGGUACAUGGAAUGGUGUUCUUGAAGACAUGAGUGAUGUGAAAGAAUUGGUUCCAGAAUUUUUUUAUCUGCCAGAGAUUCUCAUUAACAAUAACUCUAUUGAUUUUGGUACAACUCAACUUGGAGAAAAGAUAGAUUCUGUCAGACUGCCUCCAUGGGCUGCAAAUCCAGUUGAUUUCAUUCAUAAGCAUCGUAUGGCGCUUGAGAGUGAAUAUGUAUCUGCACAUCUUCAUGAGUGGAUUGAUCUCAUUUUUGGAUACAAGCAACGCGGUAAAGAAGCUGUUCAAGCUGAUAACAUGUUCUUCUACAUCACAUAUGAGGGUGCAGUUGAUAUUGAUAAAAUUACUGACUCUGUACAACAACGUGCUACUCAAGAUCAGAUUGCCUUCUUCGGGCAAACCCCGUCCCAGUUAUUAACAACCCCACACUUGAAGAGGAUGUCAAUAAAAGAUGUUCUGCACCUUGAGACUAUCUUCCGCAACCCCAAUGAAGUGAAGCCAUAUGUUGUUCCAAACCCAGAUCGUUGCAAUGUACCUGCUUGUUCUAUUCUUGCGUCCCAAGACUCCAUUAUAGUUGUAGAUAUGAAUGUCCCUGUGGCACGUGUGGCAAUGCACAAAUGGCAACCCAAUACUCCUGACGGUCAGGGAACACCUUUUCUAUUUCAGCAUGGAAAGCCUGCAGCUAGUUCCACCGGCAGUGCAUUUAUGCGCAUGUUUAGAGGUUCAGGGGGUUCUGCCUCAGAAGACUGGCAAUUCCCCCGAGCAUUGGCAUUUGCUGCAUCAGGAAUCCAGAGUUCGGCGGUAGUUGUAGUUACUUAUGACAAAGAAAUUAUUACUGGAGGGCAUGCUGAUAAUUCUAUCAAGGUCAUAUCAGCAGAUUUAGCUAAGACCAUUGAAACUGCACGAGGGCAUAAUGCUCCUGUAACUUGUCUUGCUCUAUCCUCUGAUAACAACUAUUUAGUUACUGGAUCUCGUGAUGCAACAGUUUUACUUUGGAAAAUACAUAGAUCGUUUCCUUUACCUCGUAGAAAUUCUUUGGAUCCAUCCAUUACUACAGAAAAAUCACCCUCGUCUCCUCUUGCAACUAGUACUAGCCCCAACAGUCCUGCAGAUAAGAGCAAGAAAUGCAGAAUUGAGGGUCCUGUAGAUGUUUUAAGAGGUCAUCUUGGCGAGAUAAUAUCUUGUUCUGUCAGUUCUGAACUUGGUAUCGUCGCUUCCUGUUCUUACUCCAGUCAGAUUCUUUUGCAUUCAUUGAGGAGAGGUCGCCUGAUUCGGAAGCUAUCAGUUGAGGCAGAUUCAGUCUGCCUCUCUUCUCAGGGGCUUGUCAUAGUUUAUAGCAAGUCAGAUAAAAUAAUCAGCACCUUCACCAUUAAUGGCAUUUCUGUCGCUUCAGUAGCCAUUUCACAUUUCCCUUUCCCGGGCAGUAUUAGUUGUAUUUCUGUUUCUGCUGAUGGGGAAUAUGCACUCAUUGGGACAUCUUCCAGUGCUAAUCAGCAAAACUACAAACCUGAUUUUCAAGCAGGUUAUUCAUCUGCAGUUGUGAAACCCAAAAGAAGAAUAGCAAUUCCUGUGCCUUCAAUAUGCUUCCUGAAUUUGCAUACUCUGGAGGUUUGUCAUAGGCUGAACCUUGCUGAAGGUCAAGAUGUCACUGCUAUAUCUCUAAACGAGGACAACACCAAUCUACUUGUUUCAACUGCAGAUAAGCAAUUGAUAGUCUUCACUGACCCAGCGUUGAGCUUGAAGGUCGUGGAUCAAAUGCUUAAGCUUGGUUGGGAAGGUGGUGGGCUUAUGAAGUAGAGCACUGUGUCUUAUCCAUUCAAUUGAGUUUUCAUUGCUUCAUCUUUGCCUCUUUGGAUCAUUUAAUCAAAAUUUGAAAGAACUUAACGUACAUGAAAAGGAAGAUUUGUAAAUUUGUAUGGAAAAUUUUAAAUAUCAGAACCAGAUGCAAUCAAGCUUCUCUGAAUCUCUAAGCUCGUGGUAAUACAAUUUUCCUGCUCUUGUGCGAGUAGGGCAGGGACUCUUAAGAGCUGGUUAGAGCAGUGGCAGAGAACAUUUGUACAGUUCAAACAAGAUAAUUUUGUUCUGAGCGGAGGUGGAAAUAGGAGAUGAUAGAGUAGUUAAAAGUUUAAGAGAGGCUAGAUAUUAAUUCAUGUAAACAAAGUGUUCUUUUGUAUAAAAUCAUUAUUCUUCGUUUAAACCCGAUGGGGAAAAUAUUUUGUUUUUUGAUAGUUCUUUAUGUUGUUGAAGCCAAUCAGAAAUGCUUUAAAGAGUUGUUUUUUCUCUGCAAUUUUUA